CAGGCUCUGAACUCUCUACACUGACUGCUACUUUCAGCACUGAGUCUCAUUCAGAACCAUGGACAGAGACUUCCUGAAGCUGGAUGCUGCAGAAUUCCUGGAGAUUUGGCAGCGCUUUGACUCUGAUGAUAACGGCUAUAUUGAGGGUAAAGAACUUGAUGACUUCUUUUGCCAUCUUCUCAAGAAAUUGGGCACUAAUGCAAUAACCACAGAGAAAGUCCAGAGGCUGAAGGAACGAUUCAUGUCUGCAUAUGAUAUCACUUCCGAUGGACGCCUACAGAUACAAGAGCUUGCCAACAUGAUUUUGCCAGAGGAUGAAAACUUUCUGUUACUUUUCCGUAGAGAAACCCCUUUGGAUAACAGUGUGGAGUUUAUGCGGAUUUGGAGGACAUAUGAUGAAGACAGCAGUGGAUUUAUUUCUGCUGUGGAACUCAGGAAUUUCCUGCAAGAUCUCUUCUCACAACAUAAAAAACAGAUGACUGCUGAUAAGUUGGAUGAAUACACGGAUACAAUGAUGAAACUCUUUGACAAGAAUAAAGAUGGCCGCCUGGAUCUGAAUGACUUGGCGAAGAUACUGGCACUUCAGGAAAAUUUCCUUCUUCAGUUUAAAAUGGAUGCAAGUAGUCAAGAUGAGAGAAAAAGAGACUUUGAAACCAUAUUUGCACACUAUGAUGUAAGCAAAACAGGAGAAUUGGAAGGUCCUGAAGUAGAUGGAUUUGUAAAAGACAUGAUGGAACUAGUGAAGCCAAGUAUCAGCGGUGUGGAUCUCGAUAAGUUCCGUCAAAUUCUACUAAACCAUUGUGAUGUCAACAGGGAUGGCAAAAUCCAGAAGUCUGAGCUUGCGCUAUGCCUUGGUCUGAAAGUAAGCCCAUGAAUCAUUCAGUAUCUGCCUCUUUGUGCCUCUUAUGACAGAACUUGCUGGUUUUAAGUUAACCAUGUUCUGCUACAGAACUUUUGUCAAACUGGUCCUUGUGGAAGUUCGGAGUAUCUGCAAUUAAAGUGCGCAAGAAGUGCAGAUGCAAUUGAGUGCAUGACAGGCUUUUUUAUGAGUAUGUUUCUACUGGAAGCUCUUACAGUAAUGUUCUUGUGACCAAGGUUACACUGCGAUUUUUGCCAUGCCCUACUGGGACUCGACAGUUUUGCAACAUUUUUCAUCUAGGACAUAUUACUAUUUAGUUUUAUUGUAAAACAAG